AUGGCAAAUCCCCAGCAGUAUCCAGUUGUCAUCAUAGGGGGAGGCCCUGUAGGCCUUUCCUCCUCAAUCCUGUUAUCCCUUCGCAACAUUCCACACGCGCUUUUCGAGCGUCACCUUAGCACUUCGAUCCACCCAAAAGCAUGCGGCCUAAACCAACGAACCGGCGAAAUAUUCCGUCAGAUGGGAGUGGAACAAGAGAUCAUUGCCAACGGAGCACCUCCGAACACAUGUUCCAAGACCGCAUGGUUCACUUCUCUUGGACCUACUGGUACCAAGAUAGUCUCGCGCGACGCAUGGGGUGGUGGGAAAUAUGCUGAAGAGUAUAGGACAGCAAGUCCUAGUCGAUAUGUCAUGUUACCACAGAUACGCCUCGAACCCAUUCUUUCACGAAAGGCCAAGCAGUUGAAUCCGAGCGGUGUGCAGUAUGGUGCCGAAGUUACUGACAUCGUGGAGAAGGAGGACUACGUGGAGUUACUGAUUGAAUACCGGGAAAAAUCUAGACCUAGCGAGACUAUACGGGCUUCGUAUGUUAUCGCUGCUGAUGGUGGGCGUUUGGUAACAAACAAACUUGGAAUCGAAUUACAUGGGGAGAAGGACAUAGUCGACAUGGUGACUGCACACAUUCGAGUACCAAUAGCUGCCAAACAUCCUGAACCAGAAGCCUUCAUAACUUGGUUCAUCAACCCGGAGAUGGGCGGAAGUAUUGGGACUGGCUAUAUGUACCACCUUGGCCCAUACCCCAACAACCCCGACACAGAAGAGUGGAUGUUUGCCUGCGGCAUCCUCCCAGACGACCCCAUGCGAUUCGACAAUGACGCAAUGAUGAGUCGAUUAAAGAAGAGCAUCAAUAUUCCAGACUUGGAAGUUGAAGUCAUGAGUUUGAGCCACUGGUCUGUCAACGCUAUCUCAGCUGAGCAGUAUCGCAGUAGAAACGGCCGCAGUUUCCUUGUUGGUGAUGCGGCGCAUCGCAUACCGCCAUGGGGUGCUCUUGGGGUUAACACUGGUAUUCAAGAUGCCAACAACUUGGUUUGGAAGCUAGCUUUGAUGCUCCAGGGUAAACUCGGGAAUGGCGACUUUCUGGACACAUACGAUGAAGAACGCCGCCCAAUUGGAGAAAGAGUAGCGCAAUCGAGCCUGGUUAAUAUGAGGAGUCACAACAUGAUCAUGGACAAAGCCUUGGGUAUCAGCAAAGAUACUUCAGUCGCAGAGAACAAGAGAGCCGUUGAAAUUCUGUUUGACGAAAGUCAUCCAGGCUAUGCUCAGACGCAUGCGGAUGUGCAGAGAGCGCAAUCCAUCCUCGAUACAGAGUUCAAGGCCCCAGGGGCAGAGAUAGGUUGGUUUUACCCAACUGCUGAUAUCGACAAUGAGGGGCGGGAUAACUUUCACGGUGGCCAAGUGGAUGAGGAUGGGAAGCUGAAGGUUACCGAAUACUACCCUUCGACUAUUCCUGGGCAUCACUUUCCCCACAUGUGGCUAAGGAGGGGAGAUGAUGUCGUUUCGUCCCGCGAUCUUUUAUGCUUGGACCGUUUCGUUCUCUUUACAGCAGACCCUACAACUUGGUACCAGGUCAGAGACGAGCUAAUCCACGUUAUUGCUAUUAAGGGUAGGGACUUAGAAGAUAUUGAUGGGAAAUGGGGUCAGCUUUCAGAGGUAGGAUGUAAUGGAGCAGUUCUAGUAAGACCAGAUGGUAUUGUGGCUUGGAGAAGCAAGUCAGGUGGAGAGGACAAUGUGAAUAGACUCUAUGCAGUUGUUGCACAGAUAUUGCGAAAGUAG